UCCACUUUUCCUUACCCUCCCUCCACAAUCCCUAGCAAUGGCUUCCCCGUCGUCGCUGAUCGCCCCCGCCCCCACCGUCUCCACUCCCAAAGCCCUCCCCCUCCCUCCGCUCCUUCGCCGCCCAAGGCCCACGUCCGCCUCCGCCUCCACCCGCCGCGGGCUCCUCCUAUCCCUGUCCGGCGGCGGCGGCCUGCUGCUGGUCCCCAGCCCGGCGGCAUGGGCGGCGUCGGAAGACGAGUACAAGAAGGAGACGGCGGAGGUGAUCGAGAAGGUCCGGUCCACCAUCACGCUGGAGAAGAACGACCCGAAGAUCGCGGAGGCGGUGUCGGAGCUGCGGGAGGCGUCGAACAGCUGGGUGGCCAAGUACCGCCGGGAGAAGGACCUGCUGGGGCGACCCUCGUUCCGGGACAUCUACUCGGCGCUCAACGCCGUGACGGGACACUACAUAAGCUUUGGCCCGACGGCGCCCAUUCCGGCCAAGAGGAAGCAGAGGAUCCUCGAGGAGAUGGACACGGCCGAGAAGGCGCUGCAGAGGGGCAGAUGAGUCAAAUCACAAACCAUGCUCAUUUUUAUUCUAUUCUAUUUUUAAAUAUAUCUUUUUUGUAUGUGUAAUUUUCAUUUAAUUAUAGAGUGUAAGUGAAUUCAGAAAAAUACUUUUGGAUGCUAAUUAAUUAUAUAAUAAAAUCCAUGCACAUUUUUAAACAAUUAAA